AUGAGGCUUAGCAUCAGUAUCAUGUUCGUCACCAUUGUCUCAGCCUUUCUAUCGACUCUCUGCCAUCAGACCAUUGGCCGCUUAUUCCCCAUCAAUACCAAUCUUAUCUCGAAUUAUUUCAAUCGACGAACAGCCAUGGGCGACAUACCUGACGACUGGGUCGUACCAGACAACUGGACCUCGUGCUCCAGGCUCCCUCCUCUAUCAACGACUGAUCGGACCGAGUUUGGCGUCGGAGUAUGUAUGGUCUACGGCUACCCGUCCUCUGGCGGGGUUCUCAUUAAAGAAGCUGACCUUCUCGACCUGCUCUUCUUAUCACUCCCCCGUUCUUAUGCAUCACAGCGCUCACCCAGUGCCGAUGAAGAAGACAGAUUCUGUAAUCUAUUGCGACGGACUGGUCCUACUUGGUGGCUAAGUAAGGAGGAUAUGCUGGAGGCGCAGUCGGGUACAAGGUUUUUGACAGAGGAGGAAGAAACGGUGCUGGUGUUUGGUUGGCCAACGGAUGGCGUGGGUGUGUGGGUGUUGAGAUUUAAGAGUGACAGGCAACGUCCAAAAGAUUUUGGGAGAAUAAGGUUCGCGAUGAAUAUGGAUGAGAAGAUACAAAUCAUGAAAGAGUACGGCGCUACGUUCGUUAAAGAUGUCACGAAGGUGGAGGAACUUCAUGAUACCAGUGGUUAA